AUGGCCAACGCCACUCAGAAGCUGCUCUGCCCAGUCUUGGAGCAGAUGAGCCACCUCCAAAGCCACAGCAACUCCAGCAUCCGCUACAUAGACCACGCGUCAGUGCUACUGCACGCGCUGGCCUCGGUGCUGGGCCUGGUGGAGAAUGGCCUCAUCCUCUUCCUGGUGGGCUGCCGCAUGCGCCACACGGUGAUCACCACCUGGGUGAUGCACCUGGCGCUGUCCGACCUGCUGGCCACAGCCUCCCUGCCCUUCUUCACCUACUUCCUGGCGGUGGGCCACUCGUGGGAGCUGGGCACCCCCUUCUGCAAGCUGCACUCCUCCGUCUUCUUCCUCACCAUGUUCGCCAGCGGCUUCCUGCUCAGCGCCAUCAGCCUGGACCGCUGGCUGCAGGUGUGGCGGCCGGUGUGGGCGCAGAACCACCGCUCCGUGGCCUGGGCUCACAAAGUCUGCCUGGCGCUCUGGGCGCUGGCGCUGCUCCACACGGUGCCCUUCUACGUGUUCCGGGACACCAUCCCGCGGCGGGACGGACGGAUCAUGUGUUAUUACAACGUGCUGCUCCUGCACCCGGGGCCUGACCUGGAGGCCGCCUGCAACCUGCGCCAGGCGGCCCUGGCCGUCAGCAAGUUCCUCCUGGCCUUCCUGGUGCCGCUGGCCAUCAUCGGCUGGAGCCACGCGGCCAUCAGCGCGCGCCUGCACCACCGGGGCCGCCCGCGGAGCAGCCGCUUCGUGCGCCUGGUGAGCGCCGUGGUGGCGGCCUUCGCGCUCUGCUGGGGCCCCUACCACGUCUUCAGCCUGCUGGAGGCGCGGGCGCACUCCGUCCCCGCCCUGCGGCCGCUCGUCUGGCGCGGGCUGCCCUUGGUCACCAGCCUGGCCUUCAUCAACAGCGUCAUCAACCCGCUGCUCUACGUCUUCAUCUGCCCCGAUGUGGUGCACAAGCUGCGGGACUCGCUGCGCGCCGUGCUGGAAAGCGUUCUGCUGGAUGACAGCGAGGCGGGCAGCGGCGGGGUCAGCAGCCGCCGCCCCAGCGUCUAUUCCUCCACCUCCACCCUGUCCCUGGGCGGCUGCCUGGGGUCCCCGCCCUGCCCAGCGGGCCUCCUGGUCUGUGUGCCCGCCCGAUGCUCGAAGGGGCGAGAUGGGCACCCAGGGCGCAGCGCUGAACCCCACCUCGGAUCGGAUGGCUCCGCCAGGCCCACAGGGCCUCGGGAGACCUUUCUCCCCAAAGGCAGAGAGAGGCAGGGUGGUAACCGGGUGGUGAUCCUGGACCCCCAGGGUACAGCCCUGCUGUGA